AUGAGGACGAAACGAGAUGCCAUCCUGAUGGCUCUGGAGAACCUAACCCCUGAGGAGCUCAAGAAGUUCAAGCUGAAGCUAGGAUCUGUAAAACUGCAGGAAGGCUUCGGCAGAAUUCCUCGGGGGACCCUCUGGCAAAUGGGUGCUGUGGACCUUACUGACCAAUUGGUGAUUCACUACUGUGAGGACUACGGCGCUGAACUCACUGUGCUCCUGCUCCGGGAUAUGGGCAUGCAAGAGGAGGCAGAGCGGCUCCAGGUUGCCACGUGA